AUGGACUGAAGACUGAGGAAAACAAAUCUAACCUAAACGCAUUUUUUGACAAAAUUUAUGGAUGGACAAGUCUUUAUUCCCCGAAUAUUAAUGUAGAUAAAUAAGGAACUUUAUUUGCAUUUAUAUAUAUUAACAUUAUAUUCAUUAUAUCUCAAGAUGUCAGGACAAACGUUUCAUUUCAGUAAGGAAACGCCUCCCGAUUCCAUGUUCAGUGACAUUCAGACCCUGAAUAAGUUUCAGGAUGAGCAAUUCAGGCAGCUAACCCAGUUCGUAUUUGAAUUCUUGACAGACCCAACAAAGUCUUCACGUUUGAUGUCACAGUUGGAUGAUUUUGCGGCAGAGAACAAUGUCGGAGCAGGUGCCCUUAAAAAUGUCUUCAAAAGUAUUCUUUCAGUACCUAACAGUGCAUUAAAGAAAAGUUUAAGCCCAUCACAAGUUAAAGAAGAUUUAGUUAAUUUAGGUUUAUCAGAGACCAAGGGGGAAUAUUUUGCUGAGCAGUGGAAGGCAAACCUUGUGGGCUUAUCAAGAAGUGCUCUGGGACAGACACUUAUGGUGAAUCAGCUAGUUGAUAUGGAGUGGAAAUUUGGGGUGACGGCUGCCAGUAGUGAGCUUGAUAAAGUUGGUAAUACAUUCCUACAGUUAAAACUGGUCAUUAAUACAGGAAAUGGGGUCACUAAUUCAUAUAUGGAAUUGACUUUACCACAGUUCUACUCAUUCCUUCAUGAGAUGGAAAAGGCCAAAGCAAGUUUAGAAUAUCUUAGUUAGUGUAGCUGGAGAAUGUUAUCAGAAUGUUAGAGACUGUAAAAAUUAUACCACCGCUGUAUUAUAAAAGAUAUAAAAUUCUUAUUCACAGGGAUUUCUGAUGUUAGAAAAUGUAUUUAUAUCCUAAUAUGAUCUAGAAAUUUGGGAACAAUUAUACUGAAUUUUAGGAUUGUUCUAAAAAAAGUGUAAUAAUUAUCAUGUUUAUUUAGAUUUUUCUAUCCAAAUUUUCUGUUUGCUUAUAAAUUGUAUAAAUUUUAACCAUAAAACAACAAAAAGCCUAUGUAACUAUUCUAAAUUCAAAUGAUAAAGCCUCUGGUUGUCAUAGAAACAUAUAGGUAUGAUUUAUUUGCAAAGUGAGCACCAGAGAGAUAUUGACAAUAAAGGUAAAUUAUCUAUCUUGAAUUAGUGGAAUAAUGUGCAAUGUUUUCUUAUGUUUUUAUAUAUGAUUAAAUAUAUUUUAAUGAUAA